AUGGAGCUUGCAAACGCCUUGACGGCGGCACCGACGCCGAUUGUGCGGGCAAUUUUUCUUAUGAUGUCUGCGAUGCAUGGCGGCGACGCUGGCGACAGGAAGCGAUGGACAUGUUGCCACGCCAAUGGAACGACGGCGGAGAAUCUCAGCGCGACAGAGGGAUGGCAGACACUGCGUAAAGAAAGCGAAAGAACACCGUCCAUGGUAGAGAUGCACUAUCGCGUGGGCGACACGGGUGACAAUAAUGUGAAGGUAAAGUGGGUUCCUAUGGACGAUACGCAUUUGGUGCUGAUCCUUCAGAACGAAAGCAGCACUUCCGAGUUGCGACAGCCCGUGAGCAUUUCAAUUUGCACAGAAGAAGAGCCGCUUGUGUCUUAUUUACGUGGAUCAAUCGAGUGGACAGUGGAAAAGGCGGAGACGGCCGUCACACAACUUCGGCCAGCGCUAUACGACAGCAUUAAAGAGCAGCAACAGCGCUCCUGCAGCAGCAACAAGAACAACAACAAUAACGGUGGUGGUGGGGGCGGAAAUGAAACGAUGGGUUUUACAACACAAACACAGCGGCAGGGAUAUGAGAGUCGUCAGGAGUAUAUUCCUGACGCACCUUUUCUCGCGGAGCCUCGGGGUGUUACCAAACCGCUUUUUGCAGAAAUGGGGCCGAGACCGCCCGGCUUUCGUUACGGUGAAGGCGACUUGGUGCCUGGCGGCAGCCUCUCUCCGGAGGGUGUCUCGGGUGGUGGGAUGAAGCUUGACCCCAAGGCCUUCCACGGCACUGGGGCCAUUCCUUGCCGCUAUGACCCGAUGUUUCCUGGUGAUGUGCCGCGUGGGGGCGGUAUGUGGGGCCCUGGCCCUGGGCGUGUGUUUCCCGGUGAACCCGACCCAGACAACUUCGCUCCGCCUGGAAAUCCAGCCUUCCGUAUGGGCUUUGGUCCUGGAGCUGCGGGCGGUCGUGGUGGCUUUGGUGGUGGGUUUCCGCCAUUUUCAUAG